CCAAACGCAGCUGCAGAGAUACAGACGGAUACCGAGAGGCUCUGAGGGAGACUCUGUGGUCAUGGCAGAUGUAGAAUCUCUCAACGAGGCCCUGAAGGCCAUCAGUGUCAGCACAGAGCUCAUGGAGGAGGAGUUGAAGCCCCAUCUGGAUGUUCUGCUGAACCUCCUAUUGGAGAAAAAGAAAGGAACAGCAGAGAAAAUAGUUUCCAGUGGUGUUCUGCCAAUACUGGCUCAAGUCUUGAGGAAGAAGAGUCCCCUCACUUCUCAGGUUACCCUGUUGGUGGCAGAGGUGUCCAGGGAAGCUGCUGUGAGGGAGCGCUGCAUUGAAGCAGGUCUGGUGACAGCGUUAGUGCCUUUACUGAAGAGCUGUAACCAGGACCAGUUGCUGCACACCGGCCGAGCUAUUGGACGUAUCUGCUUUGAAAAUGCUGUUCAGCAGACACAGCUGGUGGAGAAUGGAGUCAUCCCUAGGCUGGUGACAAUAAUGCAGCAGUAUCCUGAGAAUGACCCGCUGGUAAACGUCUGCCUGCUGGCACUCUGCAACCUCGCUGAUGUGGAUGCUGCACGAGAGGCCCUGGCUGAAGUAGGUGUGGCAGAGGUUUUGACCUAUCAGUUAAAACGGGCACCAGAUGCAGAACGUCGACACCUCAUUCUGGAGGUUCUUGGGUCACUCGGAGAGAAUGAUGGUCUAAAACUGCAGUUUGUGGAGAUGGCCGUGCCUGAGGCUCUCUCUGAAAUGAUUCGAACUCUUCAGGGUGGCUCUGACACACAUGACCUCUGCAGCAUCAAAGUGGCUUCAAACCUUAUAGUGUCCCUCCUUCUGGGAGAUGAAUCAAUGCAGAAGUGUUUUGGGGAAGGUACAGGGACCGUGUAUCAGGAUGUUCUGUCUUGGCUGCAGUCAUCAAACACCGAGCUGCAGUUGUCAGGAGCUCUGGCCAUUGCUAACUUUGCCAGAAACGACAGAAACUGUGUGAAGAUGUUAGAAUUGGGGGUCGUCCCUCAUAUUCUGGACCUGUUGGAGAAGCAUGUAACAGAGGGAGAUGUAUCUGUACAGCACGCUGGCCUCAGCGCACUUAGAAAUCUCGCCAUUCCAGCUUCCAAUAAGGUGCGUAUGUUGGAAGACGGGGUCACUGAAAGGAUCAGGACACUUCUGCGCUCUGAUAUGCCACCUGUCCAGUUCAAACUGCUGGGCACUUUGCGUAUGAUGGUGGAUGGACAAGAGGAAGCGGCUUCAGUACUAGGUAAGGAUGAGGUUCUUUUAGCUCGGGUCAUGGAAUGGUGUGACGCUAAAGAUCAUGCUGGUGUCCGGGGGGAGGCCAACCGCCUUUUAGCAGCUCUCAUAAGACACAGCCGAAACCCUGAAGUCAUCCACACUGUCAUUAAAGCAGAUGGAGUUCAACAUCUCAUCUCAAUGGCAACCACUGAGCACGUCAUCAUGCAGAAUGAGGCUUUAGUUGCUUUGGCCAUUGCCUCUGCAAUAGACAUUGAGGCAAUCCAGGAACCAUUUCGAGAUGCAGAUCUCCUGUCCACCUUGCAGAAAAUGCUAGAUGACCCAAUUGUAGCUGUGGAGGUCAAAUUCAGCGCUUUAGGCCUCAUCUGCAGCCUUGCCAACUCCAGCAUGUUAAGGGAACAGAUAACAUCUCUAAACCUAAAGGACACCCUGUCCAAACUGUCCACUCACACCAGCACAAAGCUGGCUAAGCAGGCGGACACUGUGAUGGCUGUUCUUUCUGAAACUAGCUAGACUUCACUAGUUGUUACAAAUUAUUACUA